AUGUCGAAAUUCCUGCAAGGGUCGAUACUCAAUAUAUCGAAGCGUUCUAUCAGAUACUCUUCUACUAGACCUUUUCUGGUGGCUCCCAGCAUAGCUAACAGUAUAAAAACCGAGGCUCCACCGAUCAAUCGCUCACCUGAAGUGGCAAAUGCAAGGAAAUGGUUGCCGAAAAGAUGCGGUUUGAUAACUCGCAAAAAGGGGAUGAUGCCAUAUUUUGAUAAGUCUACAGGUGAGAGGACCGCCGCCACCAUAUUAGAAGUUAACAACGUUGAAGUUAUAAUGCAUAGAACUCCAGAAGCCAACGGGUAUUUUGCAUGUCAAGUUGGGUAUGGUUCGAAGCAUCUAUCCAAAGUAAGUAGGCAAAUGCUAGGUCAUUUUUCUUCCAAAGUCGUCAAUCCGAAAGAAUAUGUAGCAGAAUUUAGAGUAGAAAACGAAAAGGGAUUAUUAUCACCUGGCACCUUAUUGAAGCCAUCUUUUUUCAAAGAAGGACAGUACGUUGAUAUCAGGUCAGUUAGUAAAGGUAAGGGAUUUACCGGUGUGAUGAAAAGAUACGGAUUUAAGGGUUUGAGAGCAUCUCAUGGUACAUCUAUUAUGCACAGACAUGGUGGUUCUUAUGGUCAAAACCAAGAUCCAGGUAGAGUGCUACCUGGCAGGAAAAUGCCUGGCCAUAUGGGUAACGACAAUGUGACUAUUCAAAAUGUCAAAAUUCUGAAAGUUGAUGAUGAAAAUAGUGUCAUUUGGGUCAGGGGUUCUGUUGCGGGAUCUAAAAAUACAUUCGUUAAAAUUCAGGAUGCAAUCAAAAAGACUUGA